CCGAGUGGAUUCACCAGAAAAUGCUGUUUGUGCUUAAUGUGCUGAUGAUGCUCAGAGCGGGACGAUGCAUGAAUCAUCCGUCCUUUGAUGAAAAGACUGCUGCAGUCGGAGACGAGGUUGAAAUGAAGUGUAAGCUUGACUCUACAGGAAGCUAUUUCUGGAUCCGCCUCGGUUCUGGAAACUUUCCUGAAUACUUAGGAAAAGCAAAUGGCUUGGAUGUGAAGAAUUCACGCAUUACAACUAUGGAACAACGAGAUAAGGGAGGAGAAUUUAUUCUGCGUAUGAGAAAAGCAGAGCUGAGGGAUACAGGAUUUUAUUAUUGUAUGAGAACAAAUCAACGAAACUUGACUUUUCUGACAGGAACAAACCUGACAGUUAAAGCACAACCUGGAGACGCUGCAGUCCGUCCUCCUGAUCCGGUCGGUCCGGGAGACUCAGAGAAGAAGCAAACCUGUCCAGGAGAACACAGUGCGUGCUGCUUCAGAGCCGGAUCACAUCAGUCUCAUCCAAGAUGGAAUUUCACUCCAGAGAACAGUGUUAAAGGAAGUGAAAGGAACCCGGCUGGAGUCUCGAUAAAGAAAUGUAUUUGCAGUGUCACUCAGAACUUCAGCUGUUCUGGUGAGGGGACUUACUUCUUUGCUGUGGACACGUGUGAGGAGAAAACUUCUGGAAACAGAUCAGACUCGGCCAAACAAGGUAAAUGUUUCCUUGGUGUUUGAAAUGAUGAGUUCAGUGCCCUGACUUGUAUUUACCUUAGUCUAUGAAAUAAGCCUUAUUUUGGACAGUCGUCCAACUAAGACGAGCCUUUAGGUUCAGGUUCACUGACUUUAUUGGUACCACUUAGGUUGCAGUGAGAAUCACAUAUACUUCAUAAAACACAGAUGAUACAUAAAACAAAUGCAAAGUGCAAAUGCAAGGUACAUUGGUAAAAGUGCAGCAGUGCAUAAAGUGCAGUUUCUAAUCGUACAAUUUGAUAAACAAGUUUAUAUGUAAAAGUUACUGAUUGUAAAACAGUGUAACCCGUAACCCUAACCCAACAAAUAUAUAAUAAUUUGAUAAAUAAAUGAAGCAUUAAAAAGCAUGACAUCAGCUUCCCAGCAUGCUAUCUCUGUCCCUCCAUACAAGAUCUUCAUGAAAUUACAACAACCACAUCAAGCAGCAAAGAAGAAAAGCAUCAUACAGAGAUAUCCUUCGACUUGUUCUGCGUAAUAACGGCUG